AUGCGACACCUUCGGCCACUGUCGGCCUUGUCUACGAAAGCCCUUCGAUUCGCCUUUCCUGCCCCGGUUCCGAAACCUCGACUUCUGUGUCGCGCGACGCAAGCCCAACGUUUGCUGCACCUCACGCCCCGACCGGUUCGUCGAUUGUACACCACAAAGCCUACCGACAUGGAGACGGUCAACACGUCGGCCCGGCUGGCCGAGCUUCGGAAGCUCAUGAAGGAGAACAGUGUAGAUGUGUACAUUGUGCCGUCCGAGGAUAGCCACUCGUCCGAAUACAUUGCGCCGUGUGAUGCGCGGCGAGAGUUCAUCUCCGGUUUCUCGGGCUCGGCAGGAAUGGCCGUCAUCACACACGAGAAGGCUGCGCUGGCGACAGACGGCCGCUACUUCAACCAGGCUGCGAGACAGCUUGAUGAUAACUGGCUGUUGCUCAAACAAGGAAUCCAGGACGUGCCGACGUGGCAGGAGUGGACUGCCGAGCAGUCGGCCGGUGGGAAGGUUGUCGCUGUGGACCCUACCCUCUUUACGGCCGGUGCUGCGAAGAAACUGGCCGAGAAGAUCAAGAAAAGUGGUGGUAAGGACCUGGUUGCUGUCGACGCCAACCUGGUGGACGGCGUAUGGGCACAAGGGAAGCCUAGCCGACCCAACGAGCCAGCUAUCGUGCUCGACGAGAAGUUUUCCGGCAAGGAUGUGAAGGCCAAGUUGACUGACCUGCGCAAGGAGCUCGAGAAGAAGAAGUCGCUUGGUUUUGUGGUGUCUAUGCUCGACGAGAUCGCUUGGUUGUUCAACCUCCGCGGCAACGAUAUCCCGUAUAACCCGGUCUUCUUUUCCUACGCCAUAGUGACAGCCGACAAGGCCACGCUCUACAUUGACUCAUCCAAGCUGAGCGGGGAGUGCAAAUCCUUCUUGACCGGCAAUAACGUUGACAUCAAGCCCUACGAGGCCAUUUUCAAUGAUGCUACUGCUCUUGGUCAGUCCGCCAAGGCGAGCAGCACUGGAUCUGCCGAGGAGGCCAAAAAGUUCUUGAUCUCAAACCGGGCCUCUUGGGCGCUCAAGCGUGCGCUCGGUGGAGAUGAUCUAGUCGAGGAGGUACGAAGCCCUGUUGGAGACUCCAAGGCAGUGAAGAAUGCGACGGAGCUGGAAGGUAUGAGACAGUGCCACAUUCGCGACGGUGCUGCUUUGAUCGAGUACUUCGCUUGGCUCGAGGAUCAGUUGAUCACCAAGAAGGUGACUCUUGAUGAGGUUCAGGCCGCAGACCAGCUAGAGGCUUUCCGUGCUAAGAAGGAUCGUUUCGUUGGCCUGUCGUUUGACACCAUCUCAUCUACAGGGGCCAAUGCUGCUGUAAUCCAUUACAAGCCUGAACCAGGCAAUUGCUCGACCAUUGAUCCCAAUGCAAUCUAUUUGUGCGACUCUGGGGCGCAGUAUUUGGACGGUACCACUGACACUACCCGCACUUUGCACUUUGGAACGCCCACAGCAGCUGAAAUUGAGGCAUAUACAUUGGUCCUGAAAGGCAACAUUGCGCUGGAUGUCGCCAUCUUUCCCAAGGGCACUACUGGGUUCGCGAUUGACUGCUUGGCUCGUCAGCAUCUUUGGCAACAAGGACUUGACUACCGUCAUGGCACAGGCCAUGGUGUUGGUUCCUACUUGAAUGUGCAUGAAGGCCCGAUCGGUAUUGGCACUAGAAUACAGUACUCGGAGGUCGCGCUCGCUGAGGGCAACGUGAUCUCCAAUGAGCCUGGCUUCUACGAGGAUGGCAAGUUUGGCAUUCGUAUUGAGAAUAUCAUCAUGAUCAAGAAGGCCGAGACAAAGCACUCGUUUGGCGACAAGCCGUGGUUUGGCUUCGAGCACGUCACCAUGGUGCCCUACUGCCGCAAGCUCAUCGACACCAACCUCUUGUCGGAAGUGGAGAAGAAGUGGCUCAACGAUUACAACGAUGAGAUAUUCAAGAAGGUCAGCCCCCUGAUUGAGGACCAACUCACCAAGGCAUGGUUAGAAAGGGAGACACGGCACUUCUAA